AUGCUUGAAGAAUGUUUUCUUCCUUUUGCGGGAGGAUCGGCGGCGGCGGCGAAGAAGAAUGCGGGUGGGUUUGGAAGCGUUGGGCCUAUUAAGGCUAGUGACGCCGACGAAGAACAAUACGCCCGCAAUAAGUUCGCCAACCAAAAGGCCAUUUCCUCUGACGAGUUCUUCAACAAGGGCAACUAUGAUCCCUCCGUCAAGGCCGAGACCAAGGCUCGCCUGCAGGGUUUUGAGGGUGCUCAGGCUAUUUCGUCCAACGCCUACUUUGGCCGUCCCGAGGAGGACGCGGCCGUCGAGGACUACGGCGAUCUCGAGUCUGCUGCCAAGGACUUCAUUCGUAAGUUCGGCAUCACUGCUAGUGAUGAUCUGGAGAACCUUACGCAGAUGGUGGGCGAGGGCGCGGGGAGGUUGCAGGGUGCUAUUAGGGCUUAUCUUGGGAGCUGA